AUGCCCGAAACUUAUUUUCUUGAACAACACGAUGGCUCUCGAAUUGCUUAUAAUAUUCUUGAACCAAACAACCCAGAAGAUAUUAAAAAAACACCUCUAGUUUUAAUUAUGGGAUUUGUAGUUUCUUCUUAUGAUCCAAUCUCACUUGACCUGAUGGCACAGGAUACAGUUGCAUUAGUUAAGCAUCUAAAAAUAAAACGAUUUAAUUUAUUGGGAUGGUCUAUGGGCCGUAUUGCAGUUCAUGUUGCUUCAAACCUUCCUUCAGAUCUUGAAAUAGAGAAACUUAUUCUUUGCUCAAGUCCAGUUAGACCUCCAGAACCUUCAGAAUUUGAUUCACAAAGACCACCAGAUAUUCCAAAAAAUAUUCAAGAACAAAAAGACAAAAUUAUGAAAAAAUCUGAAAAAACCUUUACUGAUUAUAUGGUCGAGCACCCAGAUAUAUUUGAUAAAUAUGCGGAAAUAAAAUUUAAAGCAUUUGAAAAACAUUAUCCAUUCGAGAUUUCUAAAAGACAAUGGGAAGCAAUUAGAGACUCGAAUAUUUUAUCAAGAUCACAAACAAUCAUGGUUCCAACUUUGUUAAUUCAUGGUGAAGCCGAUCAAGUUGUUUCAAUUAAAGAAUGUAAACUUCUGGCUGAUGAAAUUCCUAACAACAAAUUUAUUUCAAUUCCCAAAGUCGGUCACAUGUAA